AUGGGUUUCUCCUCCAUCUUGGUCGAAACAGAUUCUGAGGCGGUUGUCAAGGCGAUCUUCCAAGAGCAGACUUACCCUCAACUCGUAGAGACUCUCAUCGUAGAUUGCAAAUUUCUCAUUCGACAGGUUCCGAAUUCCAAACUGCUGCAUACCUUUCGCGAGGGCAAUCAGUGCGCUGACUUUCUUGCAAACCUGGGGCAAUCUUCUCCGUGGAGCACCACCAUCCUCAACACUCCACUAGAAGGCAUGACUACUCUCUUGGUUAGAGACGCGAACAAAGUUGCCUUUAAUAGACUUCGUUAA